GUGCUCUGGGUUUCCUACCCCUCCCUGAAAAGUCGUAGCAUUUUCACAUUCGCUAACCGGCUGUUGAGUUUGUCGAGAACCGCCGUGAAUCAUCGGACAAUCUCGAAAUUUUUGUGUGGGUUGUGAGAGCAGUGGCAUCAUUCCUGAAAUAGCUAGGACGAUGCUGCCAUUGUCCACCAGUUCUGCGUGCUGACUUUGGCUGCUAACUCUCAAGCCCGCUCUUUGCUAAGUGCAAGAGUCGGUUGAUAAUUGCUCACAAACUGGGUGAGUUUCGUUGUAUGGUGUUGAUUCGAUCAGGAGUAGCGGAGAUAUUGGAGGGUGUGAAUGCAUAGACUCACAAGUGCAAGAUUGGGUUGUUGCCCAGCAGCUGAGCAUUAGGGCUCAUUCAGUUCUUUCGUGCAGGAAACCGGAGGGCAUUGUGAUGGGUCUAAGUUUAGUGGUUUAUUGGACUUUUUUGUAGCUGUCGGUAAUCGGUAGCAUAUUAGGAGCAGCAAUAGUCAAAAUCGACCAUCCCUUCUAUUCAGGCGGGAUGAUAGCUUGGGCUCCAGCGAUGUGAGGAGAUUGUUUCGGAGUCCCUCUUAUCGUUUCUCUUGUUUAGGUUUCCUUCCUCUUUCGUUGACCUGCUGAAGGCGGAUUUGAGCGCUCUAUUGAUGCAUCAGUGUGGGCUCAGAAUGCCACUCGCGAAUGUGGAAGGAGAAAGAAAUACUUGAAUCGCAGACUAAUCGCGUGAUGAAGGUUCAAGAGGAUGGGGGAGUUCGGUAGUUUUUCCAAAAACUUGGACGAAGAAAACGUGAAGCACGUUGUUAACGAAGAGCGGAGCUGGUUGCGAAUCACUUCUACCCAUGAAGUUGCGGUGGACGCCCCUGAAGAUGAAUACUAUACGGGUGGUCCCAAUUUUGAAUCGGAGCAUUCAGCUUACAGUUACAGGAAGAAGGAAGUAAGAAUAGAACGUCCAACUGGACCACAAUAUAGCCAUAGGCGAGUUCGUUCCGCCUCUGGUGGUCAUCGAGAUGUCUUGUUCGUGGAUGGAGCUGCAAGCAGUGAGGAGGAUGAAUACAUCAAAGUCGAUGCCGGCCCUAAGUUAAAGGCUCAGAAGGGCGUCCGUCGGCAGUAUGAUCAUCUCCGGCAAGAAUCUUUAGAUGCAUAUUCCGAUCCUGGUUAUGGCAAUUGUAACGAUGACCCUGGCCUCGCUUUGAAAAGUCAUAGUAUUGAUCGUGUUAGCAAUUGGUUACAGGAUACUAGUUUGGGACGGGACACCCAAAACUUCGAGAAUCCUCAGAAUGCUUUUGGUCAGCCGUCAAAACGUCUUACACCGCGUCGUCCUCACCCUAGGACCCACGUUGCUGCCAUGUACAGUUCUCCUCGCUCUGAAACUGAUGGUGUCUAUUACGAACCCCAUGAAACGAGUACUCGUGGUUCACAACGCAACGGCAUGGUGCAACGUGACCUUUUUGUUGAUCAAUAUUCUUCUAAUGCCCAGGAUAAUGAGGACAGCAAAGUAGCAAUUCAUAAUAUAUCUGGAUUCAAAACUUUGUCGCCGGGAAGCAUCUAUCGAGGACCAGGCGAUCAAAGGCCUCUAUCCUCCAAAGCAUUCGAUUUUGUAAAGAAGGGUGCAGAGGGGAUCGCUAGUGUAUCCCGAACGGCGGCAGUCGAGAUUGCCAAGGUUUCUCGAACCACAUCGAAGCAGGUCAAAGACAAAUCCGUGGAGCUCAAGCAUCUAGCAGCUCCUGUUUUGGGUCCUCUUUUUCAAGCCGUUAUUGAUGAAAGUCGGGAGCAGCUAAAGGAAAUAGGAGGUGAGCGAGAGCAUAUUCAACGCGAAGCACCAACUUCAGCGGAUUUGGAGCGCAUGGCCACCCCAUAUGUGCAACUCAUUGGAAAACAUAGAGGAAGAGGAGUAGGCCUAGGACCAACGCCACAGCGACAAACGCAGCAGCCGGCUGUGGGAGGUGCUCACAGGCCCGCAAUGAGGCCCAUGGCGAGUGGUCGAGCAGGGAGCAUGCCGCCUCAAGUUGGAGUUUCUCCCAUGGGAGGUGUCCACAGGCCCGCAAUGAGGCCCAUGGCAAGUGGUCGAGCAGGGAGCAUGCCGCCUCAAGUUGGAGUUCCUCGCAUGGGAGGUGCCCACAGGCCCGCAAUGAGGCCCAUGGCGAGUGGUCGAGCAGGGGGCAUGCCGCCUGAAGUUGGAUUUCCUCCCAUGGGACGUGCCCACAGGCCCGCAAUGAGGCCCAUGGCGAGUGGUCGAGCAGGGGGCAUGCCGCCUGAAGUUGGAGUUUCUCCCAUGGGAGUUUCUGCACCAUGGGAUUAGUUAGCCGCAAUGAGAGAUCACCCACAACUCUCUCCUGAGGUUAUUCACCAAGUUCUACUCUUGGUCCUUGUUCUCUGCAGGACCGGACCCUUGAUUGCAGCAUGCAGGUCAGGAGCUUCCAUCCCGUGUUCCAAUCCUUCACAGCGGCAGUAUCUAGUAUUCGAAGUACACCAUCUACAAGUAAUCAUCUUGUCACUCCUAGAACUUCGCCACUGACCAUAGAGUAACACUCAAAAUGUGUCAUUUGUAUUCCACAUUCUCUUGUUUCAUCACCUAUCUCACUCUCAUUGUCAAUAAUUCCUAACCAAUUCAAUCUCAGUACAUUUGUUUUUAUGAACUGGGCCUUCAUUAAAAAGCGUUUUCUUCAGAGUUUUGUUAA